CUUUGUUUGUUAGAAACAGCAAGAUUUGAAAAUAACAAUGGAAGACUCGUUUAAUUUUUCGAAACUGACUAAAUUUUUACAUCAAACCUUGGUACUUACAGAAGAAGUAAAGAAUGUAUUAAAAUCAAAUUGUGAUGAAGCAAUGUAUUGUUUAAAACCAUGGUACACGGAAAUACAUUCUCAACAAGAAGUUAAUAAAGAUAUUUGUACUUGUGUCGAAUCCAAAGAUGAAGUUCAAGAAAUUGCUGCAGAUAUUAGUAGAACAUUGAUACAGACACAACAAUUGCGGGAAAAAUUAUCUUUUAAUAUCACGGGAAGAAAAACAAAAUAUUAUGCUUAUGAAUGUUUCCAAGAAACUGUAGGAAAUAAAAAACAAAAAAAGGUAAAAAGUUUAAAUAUAAGCAAUAAAGAUAAAUAUUCGAGACAAGGCCUUUCUGGUAUAAAAUUAAAUGUUGAAAAAGCAAGUAUUGAUAAGGGAGUACAAAAUGAAGUAACACAAAGAGAUGUACAUAUGACAUCUAAAGAAACCAAGAAUGCUAAUAAACAAACAAUAUUGCACUCAAUGAAAUCCUCAGAAAGCAAGAAUUUCCUUGCAAUAAAUAAAAAGAAUAUUAAAAAUAUAACGGUUGUUAAAGACAUUAAUCGCAAAAUGAAAAAUGAUGUUAAAUCUAAUACUUCCAUAACAGAGUCAAAAUGUAUCAAAUUUGGUCAAAGAAAUUCUGCAGCAUCAACUAGUGAACUGAUAUGUCUAAUACGGAAAAUGUCAAUUAAAUCUGAUAAUUGUACACUUCCUAAUGAAUAUAGAAUGAAGUGUCCAUUACACGAAGAUACAAUUUCACAACGUACUUGUGGACAAAAUUUAACACUUAGGACUAUUGUAGAUAGUUUAAAUACAAUUGAUAUCCCCGAAGAAAUAAUUAAGUCACUGAGAGUUUAUCAUACAUAUUUGAAUACUGAAUGUACAGAAAGAUCAUUCAAUGAAAAACAACAAAAAGUGUUACAUACAUUUUUGCUAGAAUUUAAUAAAAUGGAUGAAAUUGCACAAAACCAAUUAGCACACAAGAGUUAUAUAGUAACUGCACUUCUUAAAUUUAUUUCUUUAUUUCAAACUCUUUCCUCUAAAAACAUAGGGAUUGAUAUAGAAGAUAUUAGAUCACUGUAUGCAAAAUUAAGAUCUGCAUGGAAAAUUUAUGAAAUGGACGAAUUUAAAAAUAAACAAAUUUUUAGAAAUGAUAUAUGCAAAACACUACAUACUAUUUCUAAUAUAACAGAAUGCAUGUCAAAUGGACUUUGGAAUCUUUUUUAUAAUCAAAAUCUUGAAGUUUGUUUUCUAGGGAUGUCCAAAAUAUGUUGUAUGCGUUACACAAAUAAAGAUCAGUUAUUACUCUUCUUUGAUGUAAUGCAACAAGUACAACAUAUACAAUACUAUGAUGAUUUAAUGAAGAUUAUUGCAGAAGAUGUGCUUCCUAACAUGAACAUCUUUCUUGAUUGUACACAAUUAGAAUAUGUAAAAAUGUAUAAAAUGAUUUUUAUUCUUUACCAAGGUUUAAAUCCAAAAAUUCCUAUUUUAGUAAGAACUGAUAAAUAAAGAUCUUAAAAUUUCUUGUUAUUCAGAAA